AUGUCCAGAGGAGGGGAGAUGGUUUAUAUCCCGGAUGACUCCGACUUCAGCUCCUUCAGGGAUCAGUGCGAGAGCCUGGAGGGCUGGCACUGCCGCUACAACAAGGCUGGCGUGACCGUGUGGAGUCAGGGCCAGGAGGAGAGCUGCACUGUGCAGAAAAUCAAGACCCGCAUCUCCUGCAAGGAUGUCCCUGCCGAGACACUCUAUGACGUGCUGCAUGACACCAGCUACCGCCGGAAAUGGGACUCCAACAUGAUCGAGACUUACGACAUCGGCCGCCUCACCGUCAAUGCUGAUGUGGGAUACUACUCCUGGAAGUGCCCCAGCCCCCUGAAGAACCGGGAUUUCGUCACGCUGCGCUCCUGGCUGCCCCUGGGCAAUGACUACAUGAUCAUCAACUACAGCGUCAAGCACCCGAAAUACCCGCCCCGCAAGGAUUUCGUGAGGGCCGUGUCCCUGCAGACCGGGUACCUGAUCAAGGCGAACGGGGAUGGUGCCUGCAUCCUCUAUUACCUCACCCAGGUGGACCCUCGAGGGUCGCUGCCGAAGUGGGUGGUGAACCGCGUGUCCCAGUUUGUGGCACCGAAGGCCAUGAAGAAGAUCUACAAGGCUGGGCUGAAGUACCCGGAGUGGAAGCGCCGGCACGACCCCGAGUACAAGCCCUGGGUGUACCCCGAGCAGAACACCCUGCCCAGCGUGAGCCUGGCCGAGCUGUCCGUGCAGCACGCCGAGUCCCUGGAGAACAUCGACGAGACCGGCCUGCCCGAGGAGCACCUGAGCACCAGCGACCACGAGGCCUGA